AUGGCAGGAGGAAGUAGGAACAAUAAUGAAGGAGGGGGAGUUGUUCAAAAAGGUGGCGCAAGCAAGCCAUCAACCUAUCAAGGCGAACCAGACCCAACAGUGUUAGGAAAUUGGUUAAGGGAGUUUGAGAAACUAUUUAGGGCACUAGGAUGUCCAGAAAAUUCAAAGGUGGGUUGUGCUACCUAUUAUCUCAGGGAAGAAACUGACCUUUGGUGGCAACAAAAUGAGGCUACCAUCAAGGCACUACCUGGUUUUAAUUGGACUAUGUUUCAAGAGAAGGUUAGGGACAAGUUUCACCCCAGUUUCCUACAAAAACAGAAAGCUGAGGAAUUUUCGAACCCAACAAUGGGAGAUAUGUCAGUUACUGAUUAUUAUACCAAGUUUAUUGAGCUGUCAAGGUUUGCCAAAGAGUCUGUUGCUACAGAAAAGGCGAAAGCUAGGAAGUUUCAGAGUGGAUUGACCACUGAUCUUCAACUAAAGCUGUGUGGACAAGUGUUCGAAACCUUGGAUGAAGUUUAUGGAAGGUCUGUACACCUUUAUGCUUUGGAGUUGAAGAAAAAGAAGGAAUUAGCUGAGGUGGAAGGAAAGGAAAAGAGAAAAGAUAUUGGACAGAACUCUGGAAACCCUCAAGGUGGACGAAAUUUCAGUGGAGGGCUUAAGAACUCUAACCAGGGAAACAAUAAGGAUGGAAGACGUUAUUUCUGUAAGAGGUGCAGAAAUAAUCACCCUGGUAAAGACUGUGAGGGUAACUUAGUUACUUGUCGCGCUUGCAACAAGUUGGGACAUAGGGAGUAUGAGUGCUUCUUCAAAGAGUCUAACCGAAACAAGAAGGAUAAUAACACUACAAGAAAACACCUUAUUUACGACGGAAAAAAUCCGUCGGUACAACGUCUAAUUCCGUUGGAAAUAGCCAUUUCCGACGGAAUUCCGUCAGAACACGUUGUCGGAGAUCACUUUGUCGGAAUUUUGGCUUAUACCGAGGGAUUUUCCGUUGGAAAAGGCCCUACCGACGGAAUUUAA